GCAUGGCAGACGUCACGUCUGAGACAAGUCGUUUUUUCUAUAAAAUGGAGGGGAUGCCGGGGCUCUUGUUAUGUUGUGUUUUUGUAGCUUGAAACAUGAUGUGGAAGAUUGUCUUCGCGACUCUCGCGGCUGUUCUCGCCGUCGGUUCAGGCACCGCGCUCGGGGGCCUGCGGGACAUAGAUGUGAAUGACGCCGAUGCGAGGGAUGCUCUGAACUUCGCCGUCGACCAGCACAACAAACGCAGCAAUGCCCUGUGUCCCCACCAAGUGGAAGAAGUGGAGAGAGUCCAGAGUCAGGUGGUUGCUGGCAUGAAGUACAUCAUAACUGUGCGAAUGGUGAGGACCCCCUGCAGAAAGGUCUGUGCAAGUGACGGCGCGUGUGCCAUCCAGGAAGACGCAGCGAAGGCUCAGAUUUUCCAGUGCGAAUUCACAGUGUGGAGCAGGCCAUGGCUUCAGGAGAUCUCUUUGCUUGAGGAGAAAUGCAGUUAAGAAAACAAUGUGGAAACUCUUCAAUGUUUGCAGUGUUUGCAGAAUAAACUUCACAAAGAGUUAUUUGCUGUCGAUCGGCCUAAUAAAGCUUAUUAACACCACACGCUGUUUCUAAAUUGUCAUUAAAAUAACAUUUGACGUUUCA